CCUUUACCAUAGUGUGUCACCAAUUUUGAAUGCAUCAAUUUCCCAUAUUUUGACAAGUUUGGGUUAUUUAGUUCCCAACUUCUCCUGUCAAGUGGAGGGAGGGAGCUUACCUGCCAGUUCAACCAAGCAGACGACCUGUUUAGCCCACCAUGUACAUCAAACAGGUAAGCUAGCGGCUCGUACAUGCCGCCGACUAUCAAUGGCCUCACGCUCAUACAACUAGCUACUUUAACGACGUUAGACUCAAAGAUGUGUCAUGUAUUCCGAUGUUUAUUGGGAUUGUUGAUGUAAUAUGGUCUCAGAAAUGGGCGAAAACACUCCCACGUGGUUUGCAGAUAUGAUAGACACCCGAUGAAUCGUUGCCAAGGCUCCCCUAAACGGUAUUUGCCCAUCCUCCCUCCCAGAUGCUAAGCUAACGCUACAAGGCUAACGCUAGCUUUGCAGAAUAGUAAACUUUACAUUUAUGCCGCACUUUAGGAUUUUGCAUGCUUUUCGUCGUACAAAACGGGACAUUUAACAGCCUUUGCCUUUGUUUGUUGCGUUUAGUUCGUAACAAACACACGUUCAAGCUAAUGUACAGGAUUAAAUCACCCCAUAAAUAAGUGUAUGUAAAAGGCCUGUUAGCAGACCUGCUCCGUUUCAGAUCAUCUGUAGAUACUUGAGGCAAGCGGGAUGGGUAAGGGGGUUUAGGCAAUAUUAUUUGUGCAAACAAAUUUGUACAUCUGUGUGACGUGAAAUAUCAAUCAAAUGUAAUGUUAGGGAAGGAUCAUAUAGAGCUAUAUUGUUGUGUGUUUACUGUGCUCCCUGUCAUCCUGUGCAGGUCAUUAUCCAGGGGUUCCGAAGUUACAGGGACCAAACUGUGGUAGACCCGUUCAGUCCAAAGCACAAUGUCAUUGGUACGUUUCUUCUCAUUCAGGUUUUAUACAUCACGUCUGCCUCUUAGUCUGCACUGAAUUUUUGAGCCAAUAAUCGACUAAUUGUUAACAUUAAGAGUUUCUUUUUUUCUCUAUGCUUAAUGUAAGUGUCAAAGAAAUGAAGUAAUAACAUGGCUCUUGUCGGAGUCAUUACACCAAAUGAAAUUUGUUUAAGACUAGACUUGUAAUGUCAGUGAAUAUGGUAAUCUGUGAUUUUCCCUCCUUUGUGUUUAUUUCUAUUACAGUUGGGAGAAAUGGAUCAGGAAAAAGUAACUUUUUUUAUGGUAAGUGAGCAUCAAUUAUUGUUACCUAAUAUCAGUCAAGCAUUUUACCUAUUUGAGUGUUUAUGUGUUAAUAUAAUACCCUGGCUCCUAUCUGUUUCUAGCCAUCCAGUUUGUGCUCAGCGAUGAGUUCAGUCACCUGCGACCUGAGCAGCGUCUGGCCCUUCUCCAUGUGAGUGCUGGCAAAUGUCAGGCAAACUGCAAAUUAAAGCUGUUGUUCUAAGAAUAGCCCAUUAAUUCUGUGGGCUUCAUAGCUUAACAUGUUUACACUAAAAUGUUUGUGAAACUUCUUGUUUUCUAAGAAAUUUCAAAUGUCCUUAAAGAUUUAAUUGCAUUUCUAUGAAAUGUGACUUUUGGGGGAAGAACACAAACACAGUGGGAUACAUUUAAUACUGCAAGGCUCUUUAUGAAUGCAAAUAUUGAACUGUUGUCCAUUAUCUUUUUUCCUCCCUGGUCACUAUAGGAGGGAACUGGUCCUCGUGUCAUUUCGGCUUUUGUGGAGAUUAUAUUCGACAACUCUGACAACCGGUUGCCGGUAAUAUUUCUUUUCUUUUCAUCCUGUUACUUGUUACCUUUGAAGCUUACAGUCAACCUCCCAAGUGAGAUACUAUUUUCCCUUGGGUUUAUUACAAAUAUGUUUUGAUAUUUGUUUGUUGACAGAGCUACGUAGACGUGCUGGUUUGUGUUAUGCCAUUGUGAUAUGUCCAGAGACAAUCUGUUUGCAUAAAAUCGGAAGUCCAGUUUGAAUAUUCAGCACAUAUGUUCAACUGAUGGCACUCUUUGCUCUUCUGUGUCCAUUUGUGCUGAAUAACCCCCUUAAAAGAACCUUCUCUGUGUUGUCAGUCCUUGCCCCCAUUCAUAGUUUUACAUUAUCAGCCUAUUACACUGUCAUUUCAGAUUUAACUGUCUCCCUAAAUUGCUGACAACUGCUGUGCCCAGAGUAAGGACAGUGUUUAUUGUUCUGAUGAUGAACACCGGAUGUUUGCAGCACUUUGAGAUAGAGAGAUUGCCUCAAACUGGGCGUGAAACUGUAAUCAUACUGCCUGGUAAAAUGGUGACAUAACCAGGCAAUUCUCCUGCUGUGUGUGAUUCUCAUCUUGACCAGCAAUUAAUGUCUCCCCCCGCCAGAUUGACAAAGAGGAAGUCUCCCUUCGGCGCGUCAUCGGCGCCAAAAAGGACCAGUACUUUUUAGACAAAAAGAUGGUGACGUAAGUAUUGCUGUGACUGUCCAUGCAAUCACAGGAAAUAACAACUCUGUGAAUCCAUGUAAUCUCUUGUUUGAUGGCGUCUGUGAUUGUUGCAGUAAGAAUGAUGUCAUGAACCUUCUGGAGAGUGCCGGCUUCUCUCGCAGUAACCCCUACUACAUCGUCAAGCAGGGAAAGGUGAGAAAGGAGUGGGUUCCAACUUCACACUUGGUCAACACAGAGUUGUUUGUUUUUUAGAGUGAGUGUGAUGCAUUGCAGCAUUUUAGCAAGCCUGAGUAUUGAGAGACUCUGGCUGGAUGUCUAGGCUUGUUGUGUCAGCUAUACGAUAUAAUCUGGUCCAAGCAGGGGUUUUGGUUUGAAAUUGACAUAUGGCAGUCAUACUAAUUGCAUAUGUCAGUGAAAAAUGAACAGCAGGUUAUUUCAUCGCGUUUCUUUUUUUCACAUGUGUUAUGCAGAUCAACCAAAUGGCCACAGCGCCUGACUCUCAGCGUCUGAAGCUGCUGAGAGAGGUGGCAGGGACCCGUGUGUACGAUGAGCGCAAAGAGGAGAGUAUUUCUCUUAUGAAGGAGACAGGUACAAACUCAUCAUCAGAUUUCUUGUCUGGACUUAUGUUUAUUGAUAAUUACUUUUUUUUCCAAUAAGCAUAAGAUUUACCAUCAUUUAAAGAGCAGAAUAUUCAGGCCAUGUUACAGGAGGAAAAAUUUUGGGUUUUUGGGAUAAAGUCAAAAAGUAAUGAGAUAGUCAUACAUUGACACGAAUGAAGAAGUUCUUUCUCGAGAAUAGUCAGACAUUUGUUCUGGUAACUGUUAUGACAUGAUUUUUUACAAAGUCAUGAAUUUACAGUAAAAUAAAGUUGGAAAUCAGAAACAAUAGUCCUUUUUUUGAGCCGUGGUUUGCCUCCAUGUUUUUUAAGGAGGAGAAUAGAAAAGCAGCUCACUGUUUGUACUCGAACAGGGAAUGUGAAGCGUCUAACUUUAGGUGUAGGUUUCAUAGGUGACAGUAUUCGUAAUCUUGCAGCACACCGCCAACACAUAGUUGUCAAGUAUCAUGUUCUGAACAGGUUGAGUAAGAAACUGGGUCUAUUAUGUUGAAGAGCAGGCUAAUAGUCAGCCAGUGCAUACUUGUGCAACCGCUGUCAAUCCUCAGCUGUAGCAAUGAACUCUACCGUAUGGCAACUUCACAAGAUGAUUAACUGUCCUCAUUUUAGUGCAGGUGACUGCUGCUCCUCUCAUAUCUUUUGACAGAAUAUAUGAGUUGAUUUACACAAUCUCUCUGUAAUUAUGAUGUUUUUUUCAAAAAAUGAUAUUUUUUAUGUUGACAUCUUUGUUCUUGUAAAUUUUUGACUCAGAUCUUUUAAUUUAUAACAACUUCAUUUCAUCAUCUGGCAUAAAUUUGAAAGAAUCAAUCCCAAAAAGAAUUCUCUAGUUGUUGAGGCUGAAAUUUCAUUUAAAAAAAAAACAAAAACAGUCUGAUGUAUGUCUUCUUCAGAGGGAAAGCGAGAGAAGAUCAAUGAGUUGCUGAAGUACAUUGAGGAGCGUCUGCACACUCUGGAAGAUGAGAAAGAGGAGCUGGCUCAGUACCAGAAGUGGGACAAGAUGAGAAGAGCCCUGGAGUACACCAUCUACAACCAAGAGCUGAAUGAAACCCGGGCCAAACUGGAUGAGGUGACCAACUCAAGAAAUUAAGGGAGGGGGGGCUUUGGUCAAACAAAGAAAAAGUAGGUCGACUGAAGUGACACCCAUUUAUUAACCUAUCAGUUGGUCACAUGUAAAUAAAGCCCCUAAGAACUGGUAUGAUGAGGUGGCUGAUGAUGGCUCUGGGUAUGGACAUGUUUACAUUCUGUUAUCUGUUCAGUACCACUGUAUACUCAAGAAUUGAAAUGGUCAUCUUUUGACAUUGCCCACUAUCAGUAUUUCUUUGCUGUUUGACAGUUGAAUGUCUCAGCUGAAUUAUUAUUAUUUUUUUGUUUAAAAAAAAAAAUAGGAAAAGGCACCUUGUCCUACUUUUUUUGAUAGUGUGCUGUGUUGUAGUAAUGACAUGUGAUCACAGCACUGUAACAAGACUAUUUUGACAAAGCCCGUAUACAAUAUGGCAUUAGAAAUUUUAUUUGUCUUGGAUUUUUAAGGUAAUGCUACACAGGACCCACUUAUUUCAGCCUGCACCGUGUAUUUUCCAAAUAAAGAUGUGUGCAUAUCAAACCGUCUAUCCCCAGACUACCAAACACACACACAAACUCAUGCUUACUAUGAUUAAAUUAAACAAUUGAUCGUCUUUGCAUUGUUAUUGAGAAAAUUAACAAAACCCAAUCUACUUUGACUUAAUGUUUGUACUUUUUUAAUAGCUAGUUUAGCAGAUUUUGUAAUGGUAAGAUUUUGAAAGUGUACUUUAAUGAGUAUGACUCCACAGAUGAAAACUAGGAUUUACCACCGCAGCGCCCUCACAAAAUUAAUACUCUCCAGGGUUUAACACAGCUGAAUUUUGUGUUGUUUUUUUCCAGCUGUCAAGCAAGAGAGAAACCUGUGGAGACAAAUCCCGACAGCUGCGUGAUGCUCAGCAAGAUGCUCGUGACAAAGUAGAGGUAAAUAAUUUCACUAGUUAUGAAACACAGCUAUGUGUGGACACUUGUAAGAAUAUUUACUAACUAAUCAUAAUUUGAAUUAUAAUUUACCGAGGUCAUUCACAUUUUUUCAAGUGUAAUUUGUCCAUCUAUUUUACAUCAUGACAGAUUAAAUGGGAUGUAUGUCUUAGUUUUGUCAACUAUACAGGUAUUUUGCUGGGAAUUGAUAAAUCAUGUCAAUGUGAUCUUAUAAAAGAAAAAAUAUGGAUAUUAUUUCAGUACAUAACAGUUAAAAGGAGUUAAGUAAGGGAGUGGUUUCUUAAUCAGUAAAGAAGUAAGUCGUUGUAUUAGUUGUCUUUGAAUUCAGUCACAGCUAGUGUCUUUGUUUUGGCUCCCUUUCCAUAGGAGACAGAGCGCGUUGUGCGUGAGCUGAAGUCCAAAAUCUCCGCCAUGAGGGAGGAGAGGGAGCAGCUCUCUGCCGAGCGCCAAGAGCAGAUCAAGCAGAGGACCAAGCUCGAGCUGAAGGCCAAGGACCUGCAGGACGAGCUGGCAGGCAACAGUGAACAGAGGGUACGGAAGCCUCCCAUCUGCGUCACUCUGCACACGUGAUGCUGCACCAACAACACCACCACCCUUUCUCCUUCUCUGCACCAUCAGUCUGUGCAGAGAGGGAUGGUAGUGUUUUUUUAAUACACAAUCUUAUAUGAUCUACAUGUAUGCAUGACUUACUAUUCUAAAUGUCUGAAUGUAUUUCCACAAGAUCUCGGUCCAAGUGUGAUUAGGCUCAUGCAUAAGCAUCAUGUAUACAGGAUGCACUUAAAGAUUAAAACAGUGUAAUUUUACAGAACAUAUUUAAAAUUCAGGGAUGUGGUGAUUCUUUAUAAAUCCAGAAUUCUGGGUUUUCUGACCUAAAAACCACUAAGUUGUGAAUCAUGGAUCCAGCACAUGAAAAGAUUUGUAAGAAAAGAAGGAGCCAAUAAGUUGCGUAGCCUAAUAAGGAGAAUUUUAAGACAUCCCUGUUAUUGUGAUUUUAUAAGACUUGAUAUCAUAAGUAUCCUUGUCCAUGUUUGGGCUGUGCUUUAACUUAUUUGGUUGUUUUGAAGUGGUGCUUUUUGUGUUUAUUACGAGGCCUUGAAUGCUCUUCACUGUUAGCUGCCUGCUAAUGACCCAGCAAACAGAGUUGUGCUGUGUGUGCUAAUUCAAUGUGCGUUUUGGUUUCAGUCAGCACUUUGUUCAGAGGGUCUUCAUAGAGAAAACUGUAACCAGCUUCAAUGUCACUGAGGUUGAGGACAAGGUUGUGUCGAAAACUGACUUUAGUUGGCUGUAUAAUGAUGAUGUUGUUGUGUUUUGUUGCCCAGCAACAUAGCAUGUCACUCCAUUUUCCUGACGAGGAUGUGAAAGGAACAACACAAACACGUCUUCAUUACAUGAACUGUGCAUCAUGACUUUUUGUCCUGUGCAGAUCAGAGGAGAAACUAUUACAUCUGUACGAUAAAACUGUUGUUCACUACAAAGCAGAUGAAACAGCCGGACAGGUGUUGGCUAGAGUUUGCAAAAACAAAACCAAGAUAAGUUGAAAUUACUGGGAAAUUAAACCCAGAGCAGCAGUCAAUCAGGCAGCUCGACAGUCUGUUGUGUACUUUGACGCCUUCCACUCAAGUGAUGGCUGUUGGUCAAAGCGGUUUUAGAUAAGGUGGUUGGUGAAUGUCUUGACAGCCUACUCUGCAGCUGAACUAAAAAUUAUCAGGACACACACACAUGAUGAUGUCCUUGAAACCCCUAUGACAAAUGAGGUUUUGUUCCCAGCUGAUUACCCCUUAAACUUAUCAAAUUUAGUCGUCAACCAAUGAAACAGUCUUGAUCCAUUAGCAUUUAGUUGUUGUGUCUUAUUCCCUACUCAGACAGGAACUUGGUCUCAUGCUGCCGCCCAGUCUUUGCAUUUGGUAGCUGACAGUUUAAGUGCACAUCCUUUCAGCUGAAUGUUACUGGUCCAAUAGUGAGCUGAAUUGAACCACAACAGAGGAAGCUACAGCCUCCUAUCAGACUCUUUGCCAUCAGCUACACGAUACAUCAUUGCUGGCUCAGACUUGUGUGUACAGAGCUGGCACUGAGAGCUCUCCAUAUGGCCAUGUGUUCAGUGUGUGUUUGUGUGCACGUGUGGGUGCGGAGAUGAUAAUCAUACAUAACGGCUUUAUUGGCUCAGUCUGCGUGUGAAUCGAGAUGGGUCCAAGGCAGCAUGCUGGCUGUUGGUUGGAUUAAGUCCACCUGGUCCCAACUGGCACAGAAUCAGCCAAAAGUUAUUGGAGCAAAAUGAAAAAGCAAAGAGAGCAAAACUGCGUCACUAGCUAGCUAGCUGCUGAUGGUUCUGUUUUGAGAUGGCCUUGAUAGCAGUGGAAUAUGGGGGACAGGAGAAGUUUCCAUCACUAUCAGAUCACGUCCCGUUAUUGCCACAGAUACACAGAGACAGCUGUCUGAAUGAGUAGUUGUUCAGAUUUCAGAAUAGAUUUCAUGAAUCUGAAUUUACUGGACAGAGAUUGAAGACUGAAAUCUUGACACAAAUGUUACAUGGUGAUCGCUACAUGGACGUUACCCUUAGCAUUUGUAUUUUCCAGAUUUACAUUCAUUUAUAGUAGGUGAUAUGGCCUCAAAUCAAUAUCACAAUAUAUUGAGUAGUUCACCUCGAUAACCAUAAAUGGACAAUAUCUACUUCACAAGCUGCUCACCCCCUCCCACAUUAACUUCGUCUACUCCAGCCGCUUCAACUUUUGAACUGUCCUCCAUCUCCUCACCUGUCUUUCCCUCUUUGUUAUGGACUGGAUGGGGUGGAGUUAUGUCUCUGAUGUGGGACAGCAUCUUAAAGGGACAUGAGACCAUAGCCCACCUUCACACAUCCAAAACUAACUUUCAUUUAUUUAUUUUUUUUGACACCGAAUAAACCGAUAUGGGCAAAAGGAAGUCGGUUUUUGUCCUAAAUUUCGGUAUUGGUAAAUUUUCGGUUUAUCAUCCAGCCCUAACUUACAGUCAUGAGCAUUUUGAGGCAAAAUAUUAUUCAAUAGUUACUGGGAACUAUUUAGUACUAGAUCAUGUGGUGUGCGUGUUUUCAUUCUGCAGUCAGAUAGACUACAUGCACAGUCUCCGCAUUUUAUACCAAAUCUUAUAGCCCUACAUUUCCAUGAACUGUCACCCUUAAGUAUAAAGACAUAAGCAGUACACAGUAGAGGACAUUAUCUGUAGAAAUACUUCCCAAGUAUAAUUCUCAGUUAUACUUCCCAUGAAUAUUUUUCAUAGUGUAAAAAUAGUUUGUGCAUGAAAGGUAUAAAAUAGGAAAUUUCAAUAUAGAUAUUUUUACUUUCUGAAAUAGCCCCUCUGUCUGUCUCACAACAGCUCACGUCAGGCUGUAGAUGAGCUGUGUUAUAUUUGUUUCAGUUCUUUCCUUUAUGAUCUUGUCUCUCCAGAAACGGCUGCUGAAAGAGCGUCAGAAGCUGUUGGAAAAAAUCGAGGAAAAGCAAAAAGAGCUGCAGGAGACUGAACCCAAAUUCAACAUGGUGAAGGAAAAAGAGGAGCGGGGCAUAUCUAGGUAUGGAUGACUCAUUCUCAGCUACGGUCCCUUGAGCAGCAGACAUAAUCCGAUGAGUCAGUCAUUACAUUUUGAAUACAUUUUGAUAGCAGUAGAUCAAGAGGUGGUUACACAUGAGAAAUUUAUGGAUUCCCUUUGAGUAGUUUCUGCAGAGUUGCUGCAAACCUCAGGAAUCUUAAACCACAUGAAGGUGGCCUUGAGAAAAUAGUUUCAGUUAUUUUCCAAAAGCUGAGUUUUGAAUUUUUUGACAGAAGUGAAACCGAUGAUUUCUUUUGAGUCUCUUUGUACAUUACUAUGAGUCACCCAUAUGAUACAGGGCUGCAAAUGAUCAGAGCAGCAGGCCCUUAGGUUGAGAAAGUGUUUAUGAUAAGAAUUUAGACCAAUUCCUGUAAGAACUUAAAACUGAGAUUGAAAAUGUGUAACCCCCUCCUUGCUUAUGUCUCCCACCAGACUUGCUCAGGCUACACAGGAGAGGACAGACCUGUACGCCAAGCAGGGCCGAGGCAGCCAGUUCACCUCCAAGGAGGAGAGGGACAAGUGGAUCAAGAAAGAGCUUAAGUCUCUGGAUCAGGCCAUCAAUGAUAAAAAGAGGCAGAUCGCAGCCAUCCACAAAGACCUAGAGGACACAGAGACUAACAAGGAGAAGAACCUGGAGCAGUACAAUGUAAGGCAACUCAAAACAGGUCCACUACAUCUGCACCAGUUUACCAUGAAGGAACAGUUUGGUUUAGUGUUUUCAGGAUCAGUGCUAGGGAUAGUUCCAGUAUAGGACUGGAGGUGGUACAUGUUGUUGCUACUGGAAGCCACCAGCAACUGAAAACACACUUCUAUAAUAAUAUAUUUUAGUUAAGUUUGGAUAGACUUCUAAAAGAGUCAGGUAUUUGCUAGUCAGUAAUUUAGUCAUUUCUUUUUUAAUGUAUCAUUUUCUCUACAUUAUAUGUCAUGUAGUAACAGGUUGUGUGGUUGAAAUCUUCUUCUAUAAUAUAAAAUACAGAUAACAGUGCUGUGAUUGUUAUGUGGAACAGUGUGUGUGGUUUAUCCAGCAGACUCCACAGUGAAGGAUCUCUUUUAAUCAAGGCUUUUUCUUGUGUUUUAACAUAAGCCCUUUACUUCUUUGCUUAUCUUGCGUUCAAUCAACUUGUCUCUUACAGAAACUUGAUCAAGAUCUGAACGAGGUCAAGACCCGCGUUGAGGAACUGGACAAAAAGUACUAUGAAGUGAAGAACAGAAAAGAUGAGCUGCAGAGUGAACGAAAGUAAGACCCUUGAUUUUUUUUCUUAUCUCUGACUGUCUCUUUCACCUCUCAAUUCAGACAUGAUUGGAUUUGAAGGAGAUCCUUUUUAGCAGUUAGUUUUUGCACAGUCUCGUUCACCUGAUUUGGACAAGUGUUCAACAAAUCAAGCCAGCAUCCUGCUGCCUGAAGCUCAAAGGUUGAAUCUUUUGCCCUUUUGUUUGACAAUAAGCUGUUUCUGUGUGGCAUCCUGUAGUUACACACCAGAUUAUUGUUGUCUCACUCCACCUAAACAAGGAGUUUUAUUGAUAUAGCAGAGGAUAAUCCUUCAGGCGACCUGAUGCCAAACACCCUUUUGCUUAUAAAAAUGUCCUUCGGAGUGAGUAAUGAAAGAUUUGUCAAGACAGCUGUUCCCUGCCUCUUCCUAAAAUGACAAACUGAACAACACUUCAUUUGAGCAUCUCCAAACAUUAAUUGUACUUGCAUACUGAGGGCAAUAUGUGCGUCAGUGUAGACACCAAUGACAUUGUGUGUGCGUGCGUGCGUGCGUGCGUGUCUGUGUGUGUAAUAUUGAAUCUAUCAUGCAUCUCCCAGCUCACCGUAAUCCAUUGUUUGGCUGCAGUGGGUGAAAAGGUAGCUCAACGAGGGCUUUGAUUGGAAGAAUAGAACAUGCAGCCCACACAGCUGCAAGCUGUUGGGACUCUGUGAUCUACAAAUACUAAUAUCAAAACUGAAUGUCAUAAUGGAAUCAAGAGGGGUGCUGUUUUGGCAGUGACAUUGUUUUCAUUAUACAAAUUAUGUUAUUUGACAAUAGUUAAGCAAAUCUGUGUGCCACGAGGUUAAUCAUCAGUGUUCUCAAUCUUGGAAAAAAAAAAUGUAAAUGAUAUGAAGUCAUGUGAAAAUGAAAGAGCACCACAUCUGCUAUUUAUUUUCAAAUGCUCUCGUGUAGGGCUGCACGAUUAAUCGAUUUUAAAUCAUAAUCAGAUUAUUUGAUGAUAACGAUGCUAAAAAAUUAAAAUCAUCAAAUCGAUUUUCUUCUCUAUCAUGUCUCGCGCCUCCAGGCCACCGUAGGCCUGCACGUGUCCGGCCAAAACGACCUUUAUACACAUUCUCCGAACUCUUCUUCUGUCUUUUGUGCACUUCUUCGGCAGUGUUACAGCACCACUUACUAGCUUGGCAUAUGUACUUCAUCAUUUUCAGUGGUUUCAUUUUAAAAUAUGAUAGAAAAACGUAUUAUUUCAGUGAAGUUUGGUGAAGUUGUAACUGAAUAAAAAAUCAAAAUCGAAAAUCAAGUUUUCAGAGAAAAAAUCUUGAUUUUAAUUUUUGGCCGAAAUCAUGCAGCCCAACUCACAUGCAUAAUCUUUAUCAGAGGUCGAAGAGCCACACGUGUUUCUUCUCAUCACAAUAUCCCACCCAAAAAUACCAUAAAGGUGUCACUUUUUUAUGUACUGUGUCUCAUGGUUGGUGUUUUUUAGUUUCUAUUUUCUAUCACAGACUGUUUCUCAAGUGUCCUGGCUUCCUGUACCAUAAGUGUAAUGUGCCAUUGUCUAUACUUGUCCAGCUACCUGUGGCGUGAGGAGAACGCAGAGCAGCAAGCCCUGGCAGCCAAACGAGAGGACUUGGAGAAAAAACAGCAGCUCCUUCGAGCGGCCACUGGCAAGGUCUGUGUCAUUGUGCAUGUCUGUGUAAUUAUUGUCUUGCAUAAUGUAAGUACAAGUCACAUAAUGAGUCUGUACAAAACUGGAAGAUGAAUCUGUGAAACGCUAAUCCUCUUUCGUGCACACUCUCCUUUAAGUGAAAAACUUGUGCCUCUCUCUUUAAAUGAGCCCACCUUAACACUGCGAUAGACUCACUUUAUGACUCAGCCAGUUGUCAAGACAGGUAUAUCAAAAGGAAUCAUUCAUCUACCUUGCUGCUGGCACCUUAUCACAGUGUGCUAAAUUUACAUACGACUCACUCCUCUCGGCCCGGUCUGCAACUGCCAGUCAUUUCUCCUGGGCAGAAACAUCAAUCCAAUAUCAUUUCUGAAUAAUGUGCUGAGAUUAAAGGAGGCUUCACGGGCAAAUGUCCCGCAUUUAUUUCUCUUCUAUCAGUCCUGGGUGACUCAUCCUGUCUCCAGCCCUUUAUCGACCCCCUCCCGGUCAUCUCUCAAAUUUAUUUCAACAGCUUGCAUUUCAUCUAAGGAUGCACAAUCCACCUUUCCUAGUUCUGAUACCGAUACUGAACCGAUACUGAUGCAAGCAUUACAUUAACCUUUAAUUAAAGGUUGAGACUAGAAAUAAUAUUUUGGCAACAGCAAGCAUCUAUAACUUUGUCACCCAGAAUGAUACAAAUAACGCUUCUCUGAUUGACUUUGACACAGUUAAGAAGAACUUCAUUCAUCCCCAAGGGAGAUGAAUCAAUAGAAAUUCAAUACAUAUUGAUUAUUGAUAACGUUUUAGUCAUUAAUUUUAGUCAAAGAAAUAUUUUCUGUUCUUAAAACCAAUUCAAUUAAUCAAUCAGAAAUUAGUAUCAAGAUUGCACUUGUGUUUUAAUCUGAGGAUUUUUUACUAUCUUGACACUUUCAGUUGUGUAUUACCUGGAUGACUUACCUCAGUUGGAAUAUAAGGUUUAGAUUAUCCCAAAUUGCCUUGCUGAUGUGUAGGACUACAACAACGACGAUAGGGCUACGACUUUUUUCAAUAAUGAAAAAAGUCGACAAUGAAUUCCAUUGUCAACUUUUGUCGCCAGAUGUGUUUUUUCCAGUGGAGUGAGGCAUCGUACUUCAUUAUGAUCUCUGCCGAGAGUCACACAUGCGCAAUAGCGUCUCCACCGAGCGAUAGGGUAAUCAAACAUGGCGGAACCGGCGUCUCAUAGAGCAGCUACAAGUAUGUGCUUAAAAACCUCCAAAGCUUGGGAGCACUUUAGCCUGGAUAAGGUGAAAAUAAGAAUAACUUGCGAAGUUUGCAAAGCAGAUCUUGCGUAUCAUGGCAGCACAUCGGUGAUGCACGAACAUUUGAGGAGAAGGCACAUAAUUAUCUGAUUAGUCAACGAAUUAAUUCAAUUAUUGGUAACUAGUUGACUAUUAAACUAGUCGUAGUUGCAGCCCUACUGCUGUGCUGUACCUGAUGAUCUGCUGAGGUAGUAUGAAGGGAUGAUCCUUACUACAAGUCUAACAUUCUCCGUGUGGCCCCUACGGUAGAGAUUAUUUUCUUUGAUGUGUUUUUUCUAUGGGGUGGGGUGGGGGGAUAGGCCCCAGACCCCAAUGUAUUUAAGCCUUGAAAACGCCCCUGAACAGGUGCAGAGCAGACACUGAGUUCACUGCUCUCUCAGCUCAUCUUCACUGAUUUAUAAAGAAUCAUUAUAACGUCACAAUCUUAGAAAAUCAAGGUAAACUGCUCGAAACAGGAGCCUGCGUGAAGACCGGAGACAAAUGGAUGUUACAUUGAUAAAAACUCGUGAGUUUUAUGAGAUUUAGUUCUUGAAAAUAAACUCUUCAAGGACAAAUCUUACCUCUGUCAACAAAUUCUGUGCUUAUAGAUACUGUGUUGUUCACUUUCACUAUUUUGUGGCCCUGCAGGCGAUUCUGAAUGGCAUCGACAGCAUCAACAAGGUCCUUGAGCAUUUCCGUCGGAAGGGCAUCAAUCAGCAUGUCAUCAAUGGUUACCACGGCAUUGUUAUGAACAACUUUGAGUGUGAGCCCGCCUUUUACACCUGUGUGGAGGUGACAGCUGGUACCAGGUAGGGGUUGUUGUUUGAAUCUCCACUGCCAGCUUCCUCAGACAUUUCUCUUUUUUUUGUUGCAAUAAAACAUUUGAAGCAUUACAAAAUGUCCUGAUAUAAAAACAACAGUCGCUCCUCUUCUUGUGUGGUGAUAUAAUCAGUGUUUCAACCAUUUUACUGUGUUCAGCUGCCCCUCUCUUUCCACCAUUUGCCUUGGGACAUAGAACUUGUUGUUUGAAUCUUCUUUAGUAAUCUGAUCUAACUUUUUAUCACAAAAAGGACUUCUGUCUACUUUUUGGAUCAUAUGUUUGAUCACCAAGUACUGACACAGGUGUUUGUUUACAAGGCUGCAGCUUUCAUGGAUUGAUGGAUGGAUGAAGUUACUUCAUCCAACCUGCUGUUUCAGUGAUCUGGUCAUUCAUUGUCAUCCUCUAUCUGGCGACCUUCCUGUUUUCCAGACUUUUCUACCACAUUGUCGAGACUGAUGAGGUCAGCACCAAAAUACUGAUGGAGUUCAACAAAAUGAACCUUCCUGGAGAAGUCACAUUCCUACCUCUGAGCAAGUUGGACGUUAGGGACACAGCCUACCCAGAGACCAAUGUAAGACACACACAGGGAUCACAUCUGGUAGUUUUGUACAAAGCAAAUGUGGACUGUCAUCAAACUAACGUGGCUCACUCUGAAAAUAGCGUUAUUUUUAGACAUUAGAAGUAUGUUAAAACCAAACCCUUCUGUUUAACAGCAGUGAACUUGCUCAUACUUAAUGAUUUGGUCCCUGAGGGAAAUGUAGUUUCUUUUUUUUUCUUGUUAUUCUAACAUAUAAUUAUUGUUACCACUGGAGUGUCUUUUGUUCUCCUGCCUUGUUCAUAAUUAUAUGUUCUUGACUUCCAAGGAUGCUAUCCCCAUGAUAAGCAAGCUGCGCUACAGCCCCAACUUUGACAAGGCCUUCAAGCAUGUGUUCGGAAAGACCCUAAUCUGUCGAAGCAUGGAGGUGUCCACUCAGCUGGCCAGAGCUUUCACCAUGGACUGCAUCACUCUGGAGGGUAAGCUCACCUGUGACUUACAGCAGAGUUCAUACCUCAAUGCAGGGGUCGACAGUGCGACCGUUUCACUCACAUUUGCGACUAAAAACAGAUGUGUGCGAAUUGUAAAAUGUAUUAAGGGGCACAUGUGCGCAUAAAGAAAGAUCAGCUGAGGCAACCAAUGUUUUUUUCAUGUAAACACCGCAGUGAAGUUAGUUUUAGGUUGGACAUCAGACAGGCAGUCACAGCGGGUUUACCGGUGUCUUCUCACUCUCCAUAACAGAGAAUAGCAACAACAGUGCGGUUAAAUCUACUCGGCAUCCUCACUGUCAAUGUCGGGUGUUGAGUAAGGGACCAUCACCAGUUGAUAUUCUCAAAAAAGGCUGUUUUCUUUCAAUAGCUUCAUGUCGUGACCAAUUGACCUAAAAUUGAUUUCAUUUUAUAGUACUUAUGUUGACCAAUGAGACACACAUUAUUCCAUCAAUUUUGUGAAAAAAGUUAGUAUCAAGCCCUGCCUCAAUGACAGGUUUGGAAAAGAACGUGGUGGCUGUGAUGGGAAAAAAAAGUCGUCCAUUAAAUGAAAAAUGUCUUCCAAACUUGUUUAUUGGCAGGUUUGUAACAGUACUGCUCCUAAUCAGUCUACUUAUAGAUUUUGUAGUGGUUCCCUUCACGGCUCUCCCCAGGCAUAUCUGAUGUUGACAGUAACUACAGAAUAUGCAUUUUCAUGUUGUCCGCUUGUUUGUUCCUUAUAUGAGGAAAUGAAACUAGAGGGUGUCCCUGUGACAGUCCUAGUUCAGAGUAAAGGGGUAAGACAAAGGGGAAGGGGAAAGAGUGACAUUUGGCCCUUUGUCAAUCCUUCACUAUAGAUUACAUUACAAUGUGUUAUGACCUUCCAGGUGACCAGGUGAGCCACCGUGGAGCUCUGACAGGAGGUUACUAUGAUACCAGAAAGUCUCGUCUGGAGCUGCAGAAGGAUAUGAGGAAGGCUGAGGAGGAACUGGGAGAGCUGGAAGCCAAACUCAAUGAGAACCUUCGCAGGAACAUUGAACAUAUCCUUUCUUCUCAAACAGACGGUUUUUUUUCUCUGCAGUAG